AUGUCCCAGCAAAUCCAUUGGACUUCAUUUGGUGUCCCCUACGUAGUGGAGUUCAACAACGUAUCGUUCGUGCCUCGUAGAACGGCCUCUCCUGCACAACAUACACUCGCGAGCUUUCCUUCACCCGAGGCAUCUGCUUCUGCCUCAGAGAAAUCUCUACCCUACUCAUGCCCAUCUGCCACAAGCUCGACCUCUUCUUUUUGCCACAUCUCGCAAUGCAUGCUUGAAUCCCCACAUCAGACACGUUCAUCCAUUUCGCGCCUGGCAUCCUUAUCUCGUUCCACGACUAGUUUGCGGUCAGCAUCUUCAUUCUUCAAGCGGAAACACCAGAAGUCUCAUGCGGGCACACGCAAACCUUGCUCGACAAGCCAAAAGGCCUCCAACAACCCAAUCGACACGUGGUGCUUUAUACCUCCACACGUCCCGAAACCCCUUCCCCCUGUGCCUCAGCAAGAGGUUGAAGGCGUACAUGCGGAGGGGCUCCACAUACAAUUCGCCACGCCCCCAUAUGAUUCGCGUACAUCAUCCCGAAGCCGACUUGUGCGUCUGCAAAAGACGAUUACUAGCGCUGUUGUCGAGGCAGGCAUGGAUACUCCCUCCAAACCUGAGGAGCAGAUGGACGACUGCAGUCCGUCGACGACAGCCCCUGAUCAUCGUAACCACGACGCACUGUUCCGCGGGACAUAUGGGCAGGUCAUGGUGGCUCUCAAAGCGGCAGGCCUUGUUGCGACGCCAUGCAUGGAGGGUGAUUUUGCAGGUGCCACGCGUUUAGGCGCGCUAUUUGUUGCACAUAGAUCCUCAGAGGAGAGGAGCGUGCAGCUACGAAAGUUGACACUGUGGGGCUGA